AUGAGUAGUACACCAAUGGACCAAGAAGAAGACAGAGAUGAUUUAAAGGAAUUUGAAACAGGACCUUUAUCUAUAUUGAUGGAAAGUGUUAAAAAUAAUACUCAGAUUCUAAUCAACGUUAGAAAUAAUAAAAAGUUGUUGGCUAGAGUUAGAGCUUUCGAUCGUCAUUGUAAUAUGGUUUUAGAAAAUGUAAAAGAAAUGUGGACUGAAGUACCAAAGACAGGUAAAGGAAAGAAGAAGGCAAAGCCAGUAAACAAGGAUCGUUUCAUUAGUAAAAUGUUUUUAAGAGGUGAUUCUGUUAUUUUGGUAUUAAAGAAUCCAUUGGGUAACUAA